ACUGUCACCAUACUGUCACUUUACUUACACGUGUACGUGGUAGCUGUACCUCUUAAAAAUAAGCAUUUAUUUACCUCACCUAAAUAUUUUUAUAACAUAAGGAUAUAAAUAUGGAAGUUAAAACCGAAGUAAAGGAAGAGUUUAUAGAAUGUGACAAAAGAUUGGUGGUUCUGCUGUCCACAGAAAUAGACCUUGGAGAAUUAAAAUAUGAACUCGGAAAUAAUUCAGAAGAGACAAGUGUUUCCCACAAGGACAAUAAAAUGAAAAUUAUUAAAACAUAUGUGGAAUCAUCUAAUACAGAAAAACACAUGAAUGCACAAACUCAUUCUGGAAGAAAAAUAUACAAAUGUGAAAUAUGUGAUAAACAAUUUUUUAGAAAAGAGAGUUUAAAUUACCACAUGUGUAUUCACACCGGACAAAAACCUUUUAAAUGUGAAAUAUGUCCUAAACAAUUUACUAGAAAACAACUUUUGGGAUACCAUAUGACAGUUCACUCUGGAGAAAAGCAGCAUCAAUGUGAAAUUUGUUAUAAACGAUUUAAUCGAAAAACUGAUUUAAAUGUGCAUGUGAGAGUUCAUACUGGAGAAAGGCCUCAUAAAUGUAAAAUGUGUCUUAAGCAGUUUGCCCAAGGAAUUACUUUAAAGAAACAUAUGAGAGUUCAUACUGGAGAAAUGCCUUAUAAAUGUGAAAUUUGUCUUAAGCAGUUUGCACGAAAAGAUUCUGUAAAAGAGCAUAUGAAAGUUCAUACUGGAGAAAGGCCUUAUAAAUGUGAAAUUUGCCUUAAACAGUUUUCCAUAAAGAAAACUUUAAAUGAGCAUAUGAGAGUUCAUACUGGAGAAAAGCCUCAUAAAUGUGAAAUUUGUCUUAAACAGUUUGCCGUAAAAAAACAAUUAACUAGGCAUAUAAGAGUUCACACUGAGGAAAAACCAUAUAAAUGUGAAUUUUGUCUUAAGCGAUUUAAUACAAAAGGUAAUUUAGAUGUGCAUAUAAGAGUUCAUACUGGAGAAAAACCCCAUAAAUGUGAAAUCUGCCUUAAGCAAUUUGCUACAAAAGGAAAUUUAGAUGUGCAUAUAAAAAUUCACAUUGGAGAAAAGCCUCAUAAAUGUGAAAUUUGCCUUAAGAAAUUUUGUACAAAGGAUUAUUUAUAUAAACAUAUGAAAGUUCACACUAGAAAAAGUCGUUGAAAUGUGAAAUUUGUUUAUAGGGCUUUACCAAAUAUUUAGGUAGGUACUAUAAGAAUAUGAAGUUCACAUGCAGUCAUUGAUGAUAGUGAGGGAUUAACCAAUUUAUUUAUUUACGGGGUACCACCCAUUUAUAUAUUAUUAUAUAUUUAUUAUAUUAUAUAUUUGUUAUAUUAUAUAUUUAUUAUAUUAUAUAUUUAUUGUAUUAUAUUAUUUAUUAUAUAUUAUCAUUUAUA